ACCGUACCGGUUGCAUCCGUUAUGAUGAAAAACUGUUCAUUGAUUGACCCUUUCCUUCCUGUUACUCUCUUUUACAGGCUAUACAACAUUACAUGACCGCAAUGAUAACUCAACACCACCGUCCGGCACAACUCAAAUGUCCUACUUGCAAAUGAACUCACUCAGGAACGGAAAUAAUGCGACGAGUGGGACGAACGCUAAUCAGACUAGUAUUUAUCCAAUGUUGAAAGAAGAGAAUAGCAGCAGCAGUGGGAAUAACUCCACAAACAAUUAUCCUAAUUUAAGUGAUUUAUCGAAUUACGGAAUUACUCAUCAUCCGCCAACACCAAAUGUGUAUGAUGACCCACAACAAGACUACCAAUCACUUCAACAAUCAUCACCUUAUCUUGAAAGCUCACCCGAGUUCUAUGCCGGAAUGAGUGAAUCCAAAUAUAUGCCACCCGCGCCCUAUAAAAGUUCAGCAAAUAAUGGAAUCUACUCAAGAGUUCCACGUUAUGGAAGUGGAUCUGGUGAUAAUUACAAUGAAUUUUCAUCUUAUGAGACUGGCCAACAGUUCCAACAAGUGCCAGCAAGCGCUGCAACUGUGUCAACUUCAAAUAAUAAUCAACAGUCGAGUUCGAGUGAGUGGAAUAUAUCGCCACAUCAUCCACAUCAUCCUGACUUUCAUCCUGUCCACCAUCACUCAACACUUUCGCAUUCACAUCAUGGACAUCAUCACCAGCAGAAUUUCAUGAAUCCACUGAGUUUGGAUAAACAAAUUUUGAAUAAUUACAACAUGAUUCAGAAUAAUAACAACAAUGGAGCGUUGUGUGGAACACUUUUGCCUGGUGGUCUUUCAGCGAAUGGUCAGCCAUGCUUCACUGGUUCUGGUCCAAUUCAACUGUGGCAAUUUCUUUUAGAACUUCUGACCGAUAAAAAUUGUCAAAGCUUCAUUUCUUGGACUGGUGAUGGAUGGGAAUUUAAAUUGACAGAUCCUGAUGAGGUCGCAAGACGUUGGGGAAUCCGUAAAAAUAAACCAAAAAUGAAUUAUGAGAAGCUUAGCCGUGGCCUACGUUAUUAUUAUGACAAGAAUAUUAUUCAUAAAACAGCUGGAAAGCGAUAUGUCUAUCGAUUUGUUUGUGAUCUUCAGGCGCUGCUUGGACUUUCACCUGAAGAAGUUCAUAAGAUGGUAGAUUUGAAUUGUAAAUUAAAAAUGACAGAAGAGCAGAUUGUCAAUGUUGAGAAUGGUGAUGUUGAGAAAGUUGGUGAUAACAUUCCAUUAAUUAAAAGACAUGACGAGAGUUCUAGUUCCACACAGAAUAAACAUAAAGUGAGAAUUAACAUUUCUGGACGACGAUUUGAGAUAUGGCGCGAAACCUUAGACAAACAUCCAGCAACACUUUUAGGUUCACCACAACGAGAAACAAAUUAUGACCCUGAAAAUGAUGAAUACUUUUUUGAAAGAGAUCCCGACACAUUCAGACACAUCUUGCACUAUUACCAUACAGGAAGUCUUCAUUAUCCAACUCAUGAGUGUGAUCUUAGCUUUGAUGAAGAGUUAAUCUUCUUUGGAAUUCCAGCCGAGUUCAUGAGCGAUUGCUGCUUUGAUGAAUUUAAUCAUAGAAAGGAAAACUGCAAAGAAAGAGCAAAACGACAUAAAGCAGACGACCCUGGUGAUCAAACUUUGACUCUACGUCAAAAAAUUUGGAAUGCAUUGGAAAAUCCGUAUGUGUCAAAAAAGGCAUUAGCUUGCUAUUACAUCACUUGUUUAUUUAUCGCAAUUUCUGUAAUCGUGUCAUGCGGCACUGAAAAAUCAUGUGGAGACAAGUAUCAUUCGAUAUUUUUCAUCAUUGAAUCAAUCUGUGUGACAAUAUUCACUGCCGAGUUUUUUGUUCGACUCUACACUGCGCCAAAGCGAUUGAAGUUUCUUAAAAGCUUUGAAACAAUAAUUGAUAUUGUUGCUAUUUUGCCUUUCUACAUCGAAUUAUUUUUGCAUAUGGGCCACAAUGUGACUUCAGCUUUCCUUACAUUGAGAGUUUUCCGAGUUUUUCACGUACUUAAACUUACAUCUCACUUGCAAGGUUUGAAGAUCAUUGAGCACACACUCAAAGCAUCAGCCUCGGAAUUAAAAUUCAUUUUCUUCUCACUUUCAAUGGGGAUCAUAAUUUAUGCUACAAUUUUGUAUUACGCUGAGAGAAAUGUCCCUGGAACCGCAUUCACUUCAAUUCCAGCUGCAUUUUGGUUUGUUAUUGCUUCAAUAACGAAUCAAAGCUCAGGCAAUGCUGCACCCGAAACAUUUAUAGGUCAUGCUAUUGGAAUUGCUGGCUGGUUGAGUGGAAUUCUAGCAAUUGUUCUUUCGAUCCCCGUCAUUGUGUCAAACUACAAUCAAAUUUAUCAUCAGAAUCAGAGACUCAAAUUAUCAACGAGAGAAAAAAUGACGGGAAAGUUUUAAAACUUUUGUUUCUCUACAAACUUAACGAGCUUAAACUACCAAGGUAUUAUCUAAUGUUUAUUUAAUUUGAUAGCAGAAAAUGUUAAACAUUAUAAGAAAUCGAUAAUUCAAAUCGAGUUGAAAAAUAUUUCAUUUUGCUACAAAAUUUAAUUAAUCUUAAGAAAUGACAUAAAAUUGUAAUUAAAGAUGUAAUAAAUUAUUUCAUAGAAACUGUUAAAAAUUAUUUGCUUGUAGUGUUGUUUUUAUUUGCUAAUUAAGUCAAUUAAAAUCAUAAAAUGACAG